AUUUUAGAAAGAAGAGUUACCUCCCGUUUGUUGUACUAACGAUACCAUUUUGCUACGUUCAGAACAAAGUGAUCUUGCAUGCUUGGGGUAUACACUCAGGUUAUUCAUCGAUCUGACAACGUUAGAGAAUGGAAACGAUAUCGGAGAAUUCCAACACAACUGAUGGUGGCCACGAAGGACAUGUCCACUUCGCUCCAGAACAAGUGGAAUCACAUAACAUGGAAAUACAAGUGAAAAAUAUAAACGACGAUACAAUAGACAUACAUUUAGGUUUUCUAAAAGUCCAUCAUUACUAUGAAGUGUCCUUCUGUGUUCAGGAUAAGUUAGGAGAAAAUGUUGAAACGAAUCCAUUACAAAAUGUCCAUGUGACUAUACAACAGACAACACCAACAGAUACUGGAAAUGGUCACUCGCUCAUGCUACAUUUUUAUGCUCAUAAAGAAAAGCUAUUAAAGGAGAUACUAUUCCUCAAAAGUUGUAGUGAACCAGAAAAGACUGUGAAAUUGAUUUUACACGCUAGGGUGCUAGGAAGAGGUAAGGGAACACCAGCUUUAAAGAAUGGCAUCAAAUGUUUUAAAGUGGACCCGGAAUAUGAUUCUGACGCUAUGAGUGACUGGCAAGGCUUUUAAUUUUUGUGUAUAACAGGUUUUGUUGAUGAAGCGAGACAUAGCGGUCUACGUUCCGUAAUCAUUUAGGAUUUUUCUGCCUUUUUUUAGACAUCAAUUAAUUUGUCAAACCUUCAAAGGAUUUUAUUAAUUCUGGUCAAAGCUUUUUUUUUUCAACCAGAGCAAAAUUUGUUUUUCUUUAUCUAUAUUUUUUUUCUUCAUAUUUUACUCAUGGAUUAAUUUAAUCCUGUUCACAUUUACUGACAGUCUGACUGGUUAGGAUUUAUUUCUUUUGACAUGAUACAUUUGUAAACCUUUUUGAUGUUUAUGAAACUAAAACUUUAUAGAUAUAAGAAGAUUUGGUAUGCGUGCCAAUGAGACACUAUAUCUUAUAUUCGAGAUCAAGAAAAAGCAUCUGAAGAAUUUUUUUUUUUUAGAAAACAUUAUUUUAAUGAAAAGUCGUCAUUACACUUUUACACCGACAGCAGCUAUCGAAAGUAGGACACGGGUUUCCGCGAAAACUUUUAUAUAUUUUUUUUUAAAUUUCAAAUAACUAGACGAAUUUAAGUUUUUUUCUUGUAAUAAAAUAAUGUUGUAUUGACCUUUACUAAUGGAUGAGGAAUACUGUUGGUUGUUUUACCAAACGUUUAAACGUUAAAGGAAUAUAUGUUGUAAUAUUGUGUAUGUUGUAUCAUCAAAUGAUAUUUUAAUCAAAAGUAUGUUUAACAUAUUAGAUAUAUAUAAGUC